CGAGAUCGAGAGAGAGAAGCAGCAACUUUACUCUGAGAACCCAGCCGGCUGAUCCCACACGAGGCAGAAUGAAAUCCUUCCUCCUCGCCAUCGCUGCCGUGCAGAUCCUCCACUGCUCAGGAUUGCCAAGCACCAAGGAUGCUCUGAGAGCCUCAGUUGCAAAACUGAAUGAAAUCACCAAGAUCACCAACCUGUGUGCGAUCACCAGGAGAGGAGUAACAAAUACCUAUCGCACGGGUAAGCUGUCACACAACGUAUAUUUAACAUUCUCCGUAAAAGAAACCGUCUGCUCCAAGAAUACUGGACAGGAAUUUGAUGAUCCCAUUUGCACCUUCCGCCCUAAGAACAUUGCUGAGAAAGGGUUUUGCAAAAGCCACGUGGAAUAUUUUGCUGAUAAAGUGGCUGACGUUGAUGUGGAGUGUGAAGGUCUGAAGACCAUUGACAGCGAGAGUGACUCAGCAGAGUCCAAUGAAACCAGUAUUGAGGCUCAAAGCAAAUCAAAUGAGACAUCACUAGAGGAAACCUCAAGUGUGGAAAGCAAGUCAGAAGAAACUUCACUGGAAGAAUCUUCAAAUGUGGAAAGCAAGUCAGAAGAAACUUCACUGGAAGAUUCUUCAAAUGACAAAUCCAAAUCAACAGAGACAUCGCUAGAAGAUCCAGACAAUGUAAAAGACAAGUCAAAAGAGGCAUCAAUCGAGGAGUCUUCCAAUAUGAAAAGCAAGUCAACAGAAUUAUCUCAGGAGGAGUCUUCAAACGAGGGAAUGAGGUCUCAAAAGGAAGACACUAACCAUGAAUGAAACUCCUGAGAACCUGAACUCAGUGUGAACACAAGAAGACCUCAUUCAGAAAAAAACAAGAUACUGUCACCUGUACUGUACUUGCCCAUAUACAAGGACAGGGGCCUGGAGCUCCUGAUUGUACAUAUCACUGUAAAUGGGAGAUUCUACUGUUUGUAAAUAUUCUAUUCUGUGCUGUAUAUUAUUGUGUAAUAUGUUAUGGAUCUAAAUAAAAUUAUUAAUAAAUAUUCA